GACGUGGUGAAAGAAUCCGAGAGCUCACCAAACACUCUGUGCGCCUUGUCGUGUCAUAUAUAAAUACCCAGAGGAACAGCGUCUUCUUCCCUCCGAUCUCCGAUCUCUCUCUGGUCACUCAAUUUAGGGUUUUCUGAUCCUCUCUGCAACUGUAAUUUAGGGUUUGGAGCGAAAUCUUAGCUUCCUGUCGUUCGCAUAUAAUCUCCCUCAUUCAAGUCAAAUUUUCAAAUUUCUAGGGUUCUGGUAUUCGAUUUUGUUUAGAUAUCUCAGCUAUUCGAUAUGUAAGUGCGUAUAUAGCUUACAAUUGGGAAUUUUGUUUUGGAUUUUGAUGAUAAAUUUGUUGCCUUAGGGUUUUGAUAAGAGUGAAUUUGGAAGGGACGUUGUAGAAUUUGGCUUUUUGUGGUAAAGUAGAUUGUUUGGUGCUCGAGAAUUUGCUCAGCUAUGGCUUCAUACCGGCCAUUCCCACCCCAAUCAUCGUUCGCGCCACCACCAAAUCAAAACCCUCUACCGCCAGCACCGCCGCUACCGCAACAGCGAGGCAGUCAGUAUAACCAGAAUUGGGGAUAUAAUGCUAGUAGUGGUGGUUCUGGUGGCAGCGAUGGGGCUGUUCCGGCGGCUCCUUCUUCGUAUCCACCAAAUUACAAUUACCAGCAUAGUAGUUAUGCCCCUCCAAGAACUCAACACCCUCGUCCACCACCACAAUACAACUAUCAACCACCGCCUCCACCACCACCCGAGUCUUCAUACCCACCACCACCGCCCCCUCAAGCUCCUCCAGUGGGGCAAAGUAAUAUGCCAUUACAGCCUCCGCAAGCCCCCAUGUACUACCAGAAUUCUCAGUAUAGUCACCAGUCAAUCCAGCAGCCGCCACCACCUCCGCCCCCACCACCUUUGUCCCCGAAUUCUUCGGUACCACCGCCACCACCUCCCCCUGGUUCACCUCCACCACCGCCUCCUCAAAGUAAGGAUAGUGGGGUAGAUAGGGGAUCCCAUGACAAAGGGGCUUCCAGAGAGGCAUCACUUUCUGGGAGGCGUGAACGUGGGCAUAUGAAUCAUGGGGUUCCUGAAAAACAGCAGAAGCCCCCUGUUCCUUCAGUGCCAGCAAAAAAAGCAAAUGGGCCGCCAGGGAGAGUGGAAACGGAGGAAGAGAGGAGAUUAAGGAAGAAGAGAGAGUUUGAGAAACAAAGGCAAGAAGAGAAGCAUAGGCAGCAGCUGAAGGAUUCCCAAAACUCAGUUGUGCAGAAGACGCAUAUGUUGUCUUCUGGGAAGGGACAUGGUUCCAUUGGUGGGUCGCGAAUGGGGGAAAGGAGAGCUACUCCAUUUUUGAGUGGUGAGAGGACUGAAAAUAGGCUAAAGAAGCCAACGACAUUUGUAUGCAAGUUGAAAUUCAGGAAUGAACUUCCAGAUCCUAGUGCACAGCCAAAGCUUAUGUCAUUGAAGAAAGAGAAAGAUCAAUAUACAAAAUACACAAUAACAUCGUUGGAGAAAACAUACAAGCCCAAGCUUUUCGUUGAGCCAGAUCUUGGGAUUCCUCUUGACCUACUCGACCUCAGUGUAUACAAUCCUCCUCCUCCAAGUGUUAGACUACCCCUUGCUUUGGAAGAUGAGGAAUUAUUGCGGGAUGAUGUAGCAGUGACACCUGUGAAAAAGGAUGGCAUCAGAAGAAAAGAGCGGCCUACUGAUAAAGGGGUUGCAUGGCUAGUUAAAACCCAAUAUAUAUCUCCUCUUAGCAUGGAGUCUGCAAGACAGUCUUUAACUGAAAAACAAGCAAAAGAACUGCGGGAAAUGAAGGGUCGCAACAUUUUGGAGAAACUCAAUGACAGGGAAAGACAAAUCAAGGAAAUUGAGGCAUCAUUUGAGGCCUGCAAGUCACGACCUGUUCAUGCAACCAACAAGAACUUAUACGCUGAAGAGGUUCUACCUCUGUUGCCUGAUUUUGACCGGUACGACGACCAAUUUGUCCUUGCAGCAUUUGAUGGUGCUCCUACUGCUGAUUCAGAAAUCUACAGCAAGUUGGACCAGUCGGUUCAUGAUGCCUAUGAAUCAAGAGCCAUAAUGAAAAGUUAUAAGGUAACAGGUGUAGAUCCAGCUAAUCCUGAGAAAUUUUUGGCUUACAUGGUCCCUUCACCGAAUGAGCUAUCAAAAGAUCCCUAUGAUGAAUCUGAAGAUGUUUCAUAUUCUUGGGUUCGCGAGUAUCAUUACGAUGUAAGAGGUGAUGAUGUCCACGACCCCACAACGUACCUUGUUUCCUUUGAUGAUGAUGAAGCACGCUAUGCGCCCCUUCCCACAAAGCUUGUUUUAAGAAAAAAGAGAUCCAAAGAGGUAAAAACCAGUGAUGAAGUUGAGCAUUUUCCUGCACCUGCAAGAGUGACGGUUAGGCGGAGACCAACUGUUGCGUCAAUUGAACUAAAGGAUGCAGGGGAUUAUUCAAGGGGAUCUGUAUCAAAAUUGAGAACAAGAGGCUAUGAUGUUGAAGAUACCCUUGAAAGGCCACAAAAGAUUGCACGACACCAAGAUAUGGAUGAAUAUAGUGGUGGUGACGAUGAUUUAUCUGAUUAAUUUCUCCGUUGAUGCAAAUGUCGCUGACUGUCGUGAAGGCUGGCAACUUAUCUGGAAUCUGCCCAAUUGCAAUCGGAUAUCAAUGCAAAGUAAAGGCAAGUUCGAACUCAUUUGACAGCUUGUUUUUGGGACGUCCAUUCGAUCUUCAAAAUAUCUGCACGUAUCGUUAGCCAGAAGACAUUUUUCCUCAGAUACCAUGAAAUGGUAAGAUGAAAAAGAAACCUUGUAAAGAAGUUAGACGUGUUUUAGAACGUUUUGAUUUGAAUAUAGUGCUCUCGAGUUCAUCCAGAAAGAAUAGGUUUUCCCUCCCACCAGUUCUAAUCCAUGUCUUUUACUUGAUUAGGUAAUAUGGUAUUCAGCAAUAAAUUGUGCGCCUGCUUGUUUUAUUGAAUAUUUGAUUUUGUUAUUAAUAUAUUACGUACUUUACAGAGGUA